CGCGAUCGACCGGGCCUUGUCUCACUGGGGCGACAAUAACCCGCCAUUGGUGUGCUAAAGAAGCGCCAGCGCUCGGCUACUUGCUUGUCGCACUCUCGGCCACCUAUAAACACUCCCUCGUGUCCGACCUAGCACCUAGUCGACUGUUGCUUCCGUACCCCCAUCAACUACCCCCAUCAACUACCCCCAACAUCAACCAGUCAACAACUCGAACCAACGAACAACACAUAGCGACUUACUAUGCAAAGAGGUGGAGACCGCGGCAGAGGCGGUGACCGUGGCAGAGGAGGCGACCGUGGCGGACGCGGUGGUGGUGGAUUCGACAGAGGUAGAGGGGCCGGCAGAGGUGCCCCUCGCGGUUCGUCUCCUGGUGGCGGUCGUGGGUCGUCGCCGGGCAGUGGAGACGGCGGAGGAGGAGGAUACAGAGGUCGAGGUGGCGACCGUGGUGGCGAUCGCGGGGGAUUCAGAGGAGGUGAUCGCGGGGGAUUUCGAGGAGGCAGGGGCGGAGGGCGAGGAGGAGAGCCAGGAGGUAUCUUCAAUCCAGGCCAGCCAGCCAAUAUCGAUGCGCGGCUUGAUAAUACUCAGGACCAGCUCGUCAAUGCGUUCCGGUCGCUGUCCGUGCGCGGUGAUGAUAUCCCACUCCGUCCUGACUUUGGUACGAAGGGGACGCAGAUCAAGCUACGCACCAAUUUCUUCCCCGUGCGGGUCCCGAAGGGGCCGAUAUACGAGUAUGAGGUGUCGAUCUCGCCCGUGCAGGGUACCGCCGUCAGGAGGAUGAAGAGGAGAAUCUUUCAUCUCGCGGAGCAGACCCAGGACUGGCAAGAGCAUGGUCUGAAGGGUCGUGUCGCACAUGACCACAGCUCGAAGCUGGUCUCUGCGCAUAAGCUUCCAGAGCCGUGCACAGUCCGCGUUCCCUUCUACGAUGAAGAGGACGAUGGGCCCAAGGAGGGCGGAAAGGAGUACACUUUGACCAUCAAGUUCAUCCAAGAGAUCGAGACGCAAGGUCUCCUGAACUAUCUUUCAGGAAAUGCCCAGUACAGGAACUUCGAUAUCGGCCCAGUUGUCGCCGCGCUCAAUCUCGUCCUCGCAGCCCACCCGGACCGAACGACGACGGGGGGAGGUGUGAUGGUCGGCCGCAACCGCUAUUUCUUCCGCUCCGCUAUGCCCCCUGUGCCACUCGGUGGCGGCCUCGAAGCCUGGCGUGGAUUCUACUCCUCCGUUCGCCCUUCGUUCAAACAGCUCAUGGUGAACGUCAAUGUUUGCACCACUGCUUUCUAUCAAGAAGGCAACCUCGCCGAAGCGAUGGUCGCGUUUCAGCAAGCUAGCUUCGGAGCGAAUAUGGCGACGUUCGUGAGGGGCGUGAGAGUUAGUGCGGAUCAUUUGGGGUAUAGGAAGACGGUAAAGAAGCUUGCGAAGGUCACGCCCCGGCAGCACAAAUUCAACUGUGAGGAAUUAGGUGGGCAGGUCACGGUCGAGCAGUACUUCCAACGCAAGUACCAAAUUCGCCUGCGCUACCCCGACCUCCCUCUCAUAGAUGUCGGCGGCCAAAAACAAAACUUCCUCCCUCCCGAAGUCUGCACUAUCCUCCCGAACCAAGCCUUCAAGGGGAAACUCCUCGACGAACAAACCGCCUCGAUGAUCAUCGUCGCCGCCAAACCUCCCAACGUGAACGCCCAAGCCAUCACCACCGCCGGCCUCACCGAGCUCGGGUUCCGCGACGGCGCAUCUACUGUGAUCCAAGCCUUCGGUGGUCUCAUCGGCCAAGAAAUGGCCGUCGUGCCAGGUCGGAUCUUGUCCGCUCCUAGGAUCGAGUAUGGGAAGGGUCAGCCGAGGGUGGACGAGCGUGCGAGUUGGAAUUUGAGGGACGUGAAGUUCGCGGUGGGCGGGUCCCUCGAGCAGUGGGCCGUGCUGUCCAUCCAAGACGGCGGGAGGGACGAGUUCCAAGGCGCGAAUGAUCCAGGGCUCAUCGACCUCGUGAAGGGAUUCAUGAAGAUGUGCCAGACGAGCGGGAUGAAGGUCUCCCAGACCCCACCGAGUCUCAUCUCCGCGCAGCUGCCUCGCAAGAACGCGGCGAUCGACCCGAUCCGGUCGCAGGCGAUCGCUGUCGUCCGGACUGCUAUCAUGGGCCUGCCGAUGAAGCCAAAGGUGAUACUCGUCAUUCUCUCCAGCAGCGAUAAACACAUCUAUUCCGGGAUCAAGCAUCUUUGCGACGUUUAUCUGGACGUUCCGACGGUGUGUUGUCAGGCGCAGAAGAUCAGGAAGGAGAAGGGCCAGAUCCAGUAUUUCGCGAAUGUGGCGCUGAAGAUGAAUAUGAAGAUGGGAGGCGUGAACCAUGGGUUGGAUCAGAACAGUAUUGGGAAGUUGAAGCAGCCUCCGACGAUGUUGGUCGGGAUGGAUGUGACGCAUCCGGGACCGUCGACUGUGAAAGGGACGCCGUCGAUUGCGGCUGUGGUGGCGAGUAGCGACCUCCACUUUGCUCAGUACCCUGCUAGCAUGAGGAUCCAGGAGUCGAAGAAGGAGAUGAUCACGGACUUGAAGGACAUGAUGAUCGAGAGGCUCGAGUGUUUCCAGGCAAAGAGCAAGACCCUCCCCGCUCGUAUCCUCGUCUACCGCGACGGUGUUUCUGAGGGUCAAUUCAUGACCGUCGUGCGCGAAGAAAUCCCCAAAAUCCGCGAAUCCUUCAAGCGCUUCAACACCGCCGCCAAAGCCUACCAACCCGAAAUCACCGUCGUCAUCUGCGGCAAACGUCACCACACCCGGUUCUACCCCACCGAAGCCAAAGACGGGGACAACAACGGGAACCCACGGCCGGGGACCGUCGUCGACCGAGGCGUGACCGCGAUCUACGAGUUCGAUUUCUUCCUCCAGGCGCACGGCGGGCUCGUCGGGUCCACGAAGCCGACGCAUUACUACGUCGUGUGCAACGAGAUGGGCCUCAGGGCGGACGAUCUGCAGGGGCUGACGAAUAAUAUCAGCUAUACGUUCGCGAGGGCGACGAAGGCGGUGAGUUUGGUCAGUCCGGCGUAUUAUGCGGAUUUGGCGUGUGAGAGGGGUAGGUGUUAUUUGCAUAAGCUGUUGCAGGGGAUUUCGGACUCGGGGACGACGAGUGCGAGUGGGCAGACGGCGGACGAUGAGGUGUGGAGGGAGGCGGAGAGGUUGUGGCAUGGGGGCGUGAAGGGAAGGUUGAAGGACAUCAUGUUCUAUAUCUAGGUGGCUGGUUUCCACGAAGCUCGGUUGAAGGGUUAGAUUGCUAGGUCGUCGUUGGCUUUCCUUUUCUGCUGGCUCGGUUAUCGUGUAGCUUACUCGGAUAUCUUCAUAUGCGUCGGAAGGAUGGAAUGUAAGUAUAUGUAGUAAGCAUCUAGUGCUGUCUGUGUUGUUUUCUGUUGAAAUGUUAUGCCUGUGCUUGUUUCUGUAAUUGAUGGAGAGCCAACGGGUGACGAUGAGAGCUUGACUUC